UCUCUGUCACUCACUUCAGUUCAAUAUUUACCGCGGACGGAGCAGUGCGCGCGCGUCGCUUGCGAAAUUCCCAGUUGAUAUUUUUAUUGUUUAUUGCGUUCUGUUUAAAAAAAACAAAAAUGGCGGGGACAACUAUACCUUACGACAAUAUGUCAACACCAGAAAAAUCAUGGCCACUCUUCACAAAAUGCUGUUUCUGCAUACCACUAAGAACUGGAUGCUUCAUCAUGGGAUAUUUCAGCUUGAUCAUCAAAUUGUUGUAUACCAUCAAGCUGAUCGGGAUGAUUGAGUACUACGGCUACUCAACGCACGGCUUCGAGUAUUUCGAAAUACCCGAGGACUUCGAUGACCAGCAAAUAGCUAAUCUCAAGAUAGUCCAGAGACCUGUCUUAAAGAGGAUUGAAUUGUAUUUCGCGAUAGCACUCGUGGUUAACUGUAUCUGGCUCUUUGUGAACAUUGGCUGCUUGGUUGGAUUACAUAAGAGACGCGCCGGUCCUAUCCGUCUGUUCGUGUCGUUGGCUAUCUUUAAGAUAAUUCUGUCUCCAAUUGCAGUCAUAUAUCUGAUGGGAGGCGACAGCGCGACAAUUGUUAUUGAAAUAUUCAUAUUCCUACUAUCAGCCCACUUUAUCCUGAUUUACUACGUAUAUGCCAAUCAAAUGGAACGUGAGAAGCAAGACAUACAGUCAGUUACGAUCGAACAUGUCCCGAACAUAAGCAUCGUUAAUCCUAUUAAACUGGACAAACAGAACCUUGUCGCUUAAAUAUUAAAGUUCAUUUUACAUUGUUGUCCUUUAAAUAUUAAUGUUUAUUUUUAAUUGCAUUAUUUUAUGUUAUUGAUAAUUUUUAAUUUAAUCAUAUAACCAUAGAUAAAUUAUUAUUAUAUUGUACUGGAGGUCGCCCCGCUCUUAUUCGAAUUUAAACAAAAUUGAGUCCUAUGUACCAAGCUGUAAUGUCUAUAAAUGAUUGGAUAGUAUCCCAUUUUUUUUUUAAUUUAUUUGAGACUAGUACAUGCUUGGAAAACUUUCUAUAUCUUUGUGCACAAGUAUUCACAGUUUCAUACAAAAGUUAUUUAUUUCUAGUAGCGAUUAUGUUAACAUUGUGGUGAUUAAGAAUUUAUAUUUUUUUUAAUUUCCUAUAAUUUUAAUCCAUUUGUAAUAUUAGCUAAGGUAC